AUGCCAUCCAAACUCCAAGCUCUGCUUCAUGCUUGUGCCAGAGUGAUUGAAUUAGCAGUGAAACUCAAAAUCCCCAAAGAACUGCGAAAAGAGAUUGAAACACUUCAAGAGGCAUCAAAUGAGGUACAACAAGAAGUGAACUUUACUCAUCCAAAUUCACCACAAGUGCAACUCAUCACAAAUGAGGGAAAAAGCCUCCAGAACCCAGCAGCAGCUGUCAGCAGCAGUGUUGUGAUCCAUCAGGAGGGUUCUGUGACUGUCAGCAGGAAAACCCCAGGGUUAUUUGGAAGGAGGAACAAGUUAUUCAGCUCAGUGAGUUAUGCCAGGGUGACACAGACCCAGUUGGACUUGUAUCAGGAUGAGGUUGCAGAAACACCUUCAGUCAGUCUUGCUCUCAAUGGCUCCCAAGUGGCAGUCACCAGUGGACCAAAGCAACCUGUGCGCACAGAAGAGUUCUCUGUCCUUCUGCCCAAUGGUGACAUUUACUUGGCAAGUAGAGUUACCUGCAUCGCACAACAGUUGUACUCUUGGAUCAGCUCCAUCACCCAAGCUGGAGGCAAAGAGGUUCAGCCUGAAGAACUCUCUGACAACAAUAGGAAACAGGAUUCUCCCAAGUCUUCUGCAUCAUCAUCAUCAUCAUCAUUGUUUGGUCCACCAGCAGCAGCAUCAAAGGCUCAACUGGAACAAAGGGAAAGAAAUGUGCCUCAAAUUGACAAUGUACCAAAACCAAAGAUGUUCAAGGGAUUCCAGGGGGCAUCUCAUCAUCAGGAGCCAAUCAAAGUGGAACCUUUUCAACCAGCAUCAAUCAAACAACAAUCAAAGGGUUCCCAACAACAAAAGCAGCAGCAGGAUGAUUAUUAUGACAACUUCAAUAAUGACACCAUGGAAGACACUUGGAAACUCAAAUCAGAAGCAACCCCAAUCAUGGCCAACACAACUGGUUCCCAACAACAAAAGCAGCAGCAGGAUGAUUACUAUGACAACUUCAAUAAUGACACCAUGGAAGACACUUGGAAACUCAAAUCAGAAGCAACCCCAAUCAUGGCCAACACAACUGAAGACCCAAUUGAUGAGGCUUAUUAUGCAAAUUCCAAUGACUUGAGGCCUGAUGAUUCCAAUUCAGAAGCCAAAUUAACAAUGAUGAACAAAGGCAAUCUGCCUCCACUUCCAUCAGAGGAAAUUUCAGAUGACGAAGACUAUGCUUACAUACCAGACUUUCUCCAACAGCAACCAAAAACCGAAGCAGUUGUACAUGUGAAAUUGACACUGCAUAUGGGGGGGUUGACAGAUUGGAUCAGGUCUCGGGGACUUCCAGAAAUACCAAAGGAUGACAAAAGCUCAAGCACUGCUCAUGCUGAUGAGGAUGAAUCACAAGACGACAACAAGAACAUCACUCCCAUUUCUUCAGAAUCAAGUCUGAUCGAUGAGGAAGAUGAAGAGACGUACGCAGACUGUGAUUCAUUCCCUCAUCCAGCAUCAAGGGCUGCUGAUGAUACAGUGCCUCUGCCACAGUCCAAUGCUCCCAACCACUGGCCUUUGCCUCCAAUCCCUGGAAAAUAUGAACACCUGGAAGCCAGUGACAAUAACCUGGGUCAUGAGAUGAAACUUCCUGAACCAACAUCAGCGCCAACGUUGAAGCCCUGGAUGAACCUGGAGGUAGCUUCAUCAUCAGGAAUGGAACCUGCUGGUAAACAACAGAAAAGUGGAUCUCUGGCAUCCAAUCAAAAAGCACCUCCAACCUUACCAGCAAGAAAAUCUUCACUCCACCAUCAGCAAACAACAAUACCUGCUGCUCUUCCACAGCAAGAGCAAUACCAAAAGAAUCCAACUGCCAAUAAGGUGUCUUCCAAGAUCCUUGCACUCCAGGCACAAGUUGGCAAAGACAGGGAAGCCAGCAGCAAUCCAGCACCACCACCCAUUGGUUUUCCCAGGAGUCCCAAGGAUAAUAAACUGUCUCCAAAUAUGCUUGCACUUCAGGCAAAAGUGGGCAGAGUUUUGCUGGAACCUGCCCCUGCUGAUGGUCCACCAAGUGGUUCAAGGGGCACCGUCAGGUCUGAAGAACCAGCACCAAUACCACCACCAGUACCAACCAAGGUGUCCAGCAGAGAUAAUCCAGGAUUUGGAGGAAUGUCAGAAAGUCCCAUUAGACCAACAUCUUUCUUGCACUCCACAAAGAAACGCAUUGACUACACUGCCAGACCUUUGCCACCACCUCCACCAAACUGA